CUGCUUCUCCGCACUCUGCUAGCCGGAGGUAGCCAGUACCUGAGGUACCUACCUACCUAGUACCCAGUGCCUAGGACCCCAUAGCAUCACCCCCUCGUGCCCCAAUCAGGAGCUUUGAAGCCGCUGUACAUCAUGCGCCUCUUCUGCGAGUUGGACAGCGGUGAAAGGCUCGACAUACAGACAGCCGUGAAACAGGAUCCUUACGAGCUCCGAGGCCUCCUGAUCGACGCCUUGCUUCUCUGCCACCGAGAACAGCUCCCAGACACAGUAGAUGUCAUCCUAGCCGAGCAUGCUCUUCGCUCUGCGCUCGAUGAAUUUCCAGGAGACCAAGAAAAAUACGUGCGGAAUUAUAUACUGUCCCGGAAGCUCGAUCAUCGAACACAACUCUCCCCGAGGGCCCCACUCAUUGCCUUAUCACUACAGGCUGGCGGCGUGUUCGCUUUGAUUGCCGUGUUUUAUGCCACGCUUGAUGCGCAUCGCAAUCUACAGAAUAGGGAGACGUUGGAACGACUUGCUGGCGAUGAUAUCACGGAACGGUCCAAGCUGGAUCUAUUUAGGAGAGCCAAUGGUUUUUCUGUUCAUCAUUCCUUUGCCGCCUGGUUCAACCGAUUAUUAGACCACUUUGACCGUGACUCCAUAGGCAUAGCUUGUCUCCUGUAUUGCUUUGGGACACCCGUCGUUCCUCAUAUCAUAUUCUCCCAAUGCCGUAAUACCUCUAAGACCUGGGGUGGAGAUGGGGAGGUUUGUGAGGCUUCUAUAACGAUCACGGAGAUAAUCAGGGACCCAUCCCAUUUCAGUGCUGUGCUACGGAAAUUAGAAAUGCUCGGGUUCGUUAAGUCGACUGCCGACAUAAUCCGGGUGAAUAGGCGGCUCGCGAACAUCCUCAAAGAUAGAGAGGAAACCCUAGCCUGGAAAGUCCGAGCUAUCCAGCUUCUAUUGCAUGCUCUCCCCAAAGAUAGAAAAUUGGAGCCCGAAGACUAUGACCAGCGCUUCGAAAUCAUGCUUCCUAACUUGAGCCACGUGUUCUCCUAUCUGGUAGAGCCGCAGGUAAUGACCUACUUUGUCAAGGGCCCUGGCCCUAGCCUGUAUGAUGCCGUCGAAGUGUGUCUCGCAUCGUCCCAUUUUAGUGACCUCAAUUGGAAGGAGAAAGCAAUCACUACCGCUACAGGCUUGGUUCGGUUUUGCGAAGAAAAUAACAUGAAUCCUUCGGAUAUUGCGCUACUAAAAGUAAGGUUACAUGUCAGAACGCUACGACUCUCCUUGUCUAAGAACGCCGCACUACCGAGCCACGAAAUACGACUCGUAGCAUUUCCCCCACCGAAUGACGCGAGAAUAAAUGCCUUCUCAGCUGAUCUAGCCCUGCUGAAAGCCCGCGCAUCCAUCCGCCGUAACGACCUUCAGUUGGCUGAAAAGGAACUUUCGUGUUUUAGGCGUCUGUUCUCCUCCACAUUUGAACAUGCACAGGAGGAGCUAGUCAAUAUAACUCGUGCUAUAGUGUAUCGCUUCCAGGGGCGUUUCCUCGAAGCCUACGGCAUUUUAUCAGCUGUUCGUAUGACCAGCAGCAACGUUCUUGUGCAUCUUGGCGCUGCCAUGUGUGAAAUGGGAGAACCCGACAAGGCUGUUGUGAGAUUGGAAGGGUGGCUAAUGCUUUCCAAGCGACCAGCGUCAAGAGCAGAAGUUCGCGUCCGAGUUGCAUUGGCCAAUGCAUACCUCCUGAAAGGUUUACGGGAGGUCAUGUCUGGGCAGACCUGGUCUAGUAGACAAGAAGUACAAGCCAUGUACCAGGAAUUGGAGUCUAACAAUCGCCUAUUGUGGGUCGAUCGCAUUGCAGUCUCCAUAGGCAUUGCAAUUACCGAACAUUUGAGCGGACAACUUGAACCAGCCAUGCGCAACUGGCAAGGGGUCCGAGACCUUAGUAGAGAUCUCGGAUUACCCUUCGGCUAUACCGAUGUAGUUGUAGAUUUUUCCAUCUGCGAACUAAAGUUCCGCUAUGGGAGAACGGAGCUGUCCGACGUGAUUAGGGCAAGGGAUUUGUUAGCGAGUACAGGGCGCCAAUAUCACUUUACCGCCUUGGGUUCCAUUUGGCCAGACCUUCUAGAAAAAUGGCUUCCACAAUAUGGUUGAAGGAAAAGGCCAACUUCAUUGAUUCAAUAGUGCUGUUAGGGCCCGAAUUCUCCCUAAAUGGUGCAUGGAUCUGCAUCCAUACCCGUGUAUGUACUGAUGUUACAUGGAAUCAAACCUCUAUGAGUUGGUCACUGUUGGUGACGUUGUCAUGUCCGAAUAAAGCAAAUCAAGCCGAGAAUGAGUCUCCUGACGACGAUGAUGAGCUUUGGAUACUGCUUUCUCCUAGAAUGUUUCGUCACCCUUCCAUCAGGAUGCCUCCCUACUCCGGGCCAAGGGAAUGGGAUAAGCGUCCUGAUGUUGCAUGGUCAACACAGCUUCACAACAUAUGACCUAAUUGAGUGGACGUAGGAUCUCUAAGUUGUCCAUCGAUAUAUGUGCCAAUGGAAGCAUAGACCUCCGCCGUAAUUUACUUUUACCUCAUAGUUCAAAAUUGAUGUAACCAACAGAGA